CAACUAAAAAGAAAUGUCAACGACGUUCACAGUUCGGAUAACAAAUACAUUUUUAAUCCGUUUAAAUUGUGUACGCCGAUAGUGAAAAAAAAAGUAGUAUAAAAAGCGUACUCAAAUUAGUGAAGGUCAAGUCUGUAUUUAUCGUAAUUAAGUUUACAACUCCGAUUGUAAGGACGCGAAUCGAUGGAUCGUGAAAUCGUUUCCAAUGAAUAAUUAAUUAUUCCAAUUGUCAAUUUAAAAACCGUACCUCACAUGAUAACGAUGUCAGUCAGUCAGGUAAACUCGGCGAAUAAGCCGCUGAAGGGUAAAAGAAAUUCGAUGAAUCGGCCCCAAAGUACGAUAGAAGGCGACAUUUAUAUUACUUAUAAAAAUGAAUUGGACAGUGAUCAACCGAACUAUAGGACAAAGUUGCAUACAUUAUUUAAACAAAUUGAGAAAGAAUUUGAUUUAAUUUAUCAAGAGAAUCAAAAUCUACGAGAAAAAGUGGAUUUGUUAAAUGAGAAACUUGAAACGAAUGACAAACAGGGAUAUGAAGGGAUAGAUAUUGAUAAUAAUUUAUCUAAAGCUAUUACCAAAAAGUUGAGUUCAACAUCGUCGCAAAAACUUAAAACUGCUCAUAAAUUAAAAGCACAAACAAGCAAAAUUGUUUCUAGUUUUAAAGCUCCUCAAUUUAGUUGCGGUUUGGUUAAAGAAUACAUUGGGCAUAAAGAUGGUGUUUGGGAGGUUUCCGUUGCUCGACCUGGACAACCUCUAAUUGGAACAGCUUCAGCUGAUCAUAGCGCAUUUAUUUGGAGUAUAGAUAGCAGCAGAUGUUUACUACAAUAUCAUGGACACAAUGGUUCUGUUAAUUCCAUUAGAUUUCAUCCUUUGAAAGAUUUGGUUCUAACAGCCAGCGGUGAUUGUUCAGCUCAUAUUUGGCAAGCUGUUGUUAAUUGGGAUGUACCUAAAGGACAUUCAUCAGAAGAAGAAUUAGACGGUGAAGAAUGUGAUGAUCGAACUGAUUCACGGGCGGCAACUUUACGAACUCCAGUUUGUGAGUUAUCUGGUCACACAGGAGCAAUUUCGGCAGCCGAUUGGUUGGUUGGGGCGGAACAAAUUAUAACAGCUGGUUGGGAUCGACUAGGAAUUUUGCACGAUGUUGAUACUGGGGCGACGUUAAACACUCUAACCGGACAUGAUCUUGAACUGACUCAUACCGCCACCCAUCCGUCGCAAAAAUUAGCUGUGACGUCGUCGCGAGACACCACGUUUCGAUUAUGGGAUUUUAGGGAAACUGUACAUUCAGUAUCUGUCUUUCAAGGACAUACAGAGAGUGUAACAUCUGCUGUUUUUACACGAGAAGAUAAAGUAGUGUCAAGUUCUGAUGAUCGUACCGUAAAAGUUUGGGAUUUACGUAAUAUGCGGUCACCAGUAGCAACAAUAAGGGCGGAUUCCCCCGUAAAUCGACUUUCAGUUUCAUCUCACGGUAUCAUAGCGAUUCCGCACGAUAAUAGACACGUUAGAUUAUUUGAUUUAACCGGUCAAAGAUUAGCACGUUUACCGAGAUCUAGUCGACAAGGGCACAACAGGAUGGUAGCUUGUGUCGCUUGGGCUGAUGAUAAUCUAUACUCCGCGAAUUUAUUUACGUGCGGCUUUGACAGGCGGGUUUUGGGUUGGUCCGUCCAAUCGUUGAAAGAUCAAUAAUUUUCUAGUUUAAUGCUGAACGUUUUUGUUUCCUUUCAAACUUUUAAUAACAGAUCUAAAAAAAAAUGACUUUAGGUGCUAAGGCGUAUAAUUAAAUAGUACAAUGAAUUUUUUUCAAUUUUGCCACUAAUAAAACUUAACUGCGAUGAUAUUGUAAACGGAACAAGGAACGAAUGCUCAAUAAUGUUGAAAUAUCAUUGAUGUCGUGUGUUAUAUGAUGACGAUUUUAAUUUUUUUUGUUAGGGUAGUUGUAAUUUAUGGAAGUGGUUGUUGUUGACUAAAAAGGCCGCUUUUUUUAGUGUACAAAUAGAAGCUAAUUAUUUCUCCUGAUGUGAUAAAUAUAAGUCGUAUUAUAAUCAUUUAAUUUUUAAAUUAUCGCGAUGGCAUAUAUUUUAUUUUUUAUUUUAUUAUUAUUGAUUUGAUUCUGUGAGUUUUCUUCUUAAAUAAGUAUUAUUGCCAAAUAUUGUUCUAUUUGUUGCCACAAUGUGUUAUUUGAUUAUUUCCUAUUUCGAAAUAAAUACAAUCUUAUGAA